CUCUCUCUCUCUCUCUCUCUCUCUCUCUCUCUCUCUCUCUGCACAGGUUUGAGUGUGUGGAGGAAGGGGGUGCGGAAGGGUAACUGUUGGGGUCCGUGGUGUUUUUUUUUUUUUUUUUUGGCCUGCUGGGCCUCCGCGUAGACAAGGCCUCGGUUAUGAUCACGACCGGGUGGCGGCGGCCUUGCGUUGGCGGCUGCCGAGAGAGCCGUUGACGGGGCACCCGCCGCGUCUUUGUGUCCGCACACCGAGGGCGGGGAGCCGUCCGCCGGCCCCGGCGGUUCGGGAGCUGAAAUCCCAGCUCAGGUUCGGUGGAGCCUGGCUCAUGGGGAAGCUCCAGCAGGAAGCUCCCGGGCGCCUCCGCCGGCUCCGUGGGUCCUAACGUGGGCUUUGACCGUGGUGAAGGAGCCGCACCAGGGCCAAGGCUUGGCUGCUGCCUGGCUUGCCAGCGGCAGCAGAUUCAGAAAGUGUUAGCCACAUCUCUCCCCUUGGGCGGCCGAGUGUCUGAGGUGGGGGACCGUCCCCAGCUCCAGUACAUUUUAAAUGAGUGAGAGCAACCCCAAAUUUAAGGACUAAGCGAGCACAAACUCGAGAUCCGGCUCUCAGUUGUAAUCUAAGAAAGCCAGCCUAACCAUUCUCAGUACUGAAAACUGAAAACAAACCACCCCUGGCCGGAGACCGCAGAGCUCUGCGUUCCUCCCCAGCUCAGGCCGAUGCCCGGGAAUUGUUUUCCUUGCUCAGCCCAACAACCUGUUAUCUGAAAGAGCAGCACACCCGGUCCCCUCCAACUCUUCUCCGCCGUGCCCUGGAUCAGCCUCUUGGUCCAGAGACUAAGGUUUUGGGGAGAUUCUCAGCUGAGAGUGGGGUGGCUUGUAACUAUAUUAUUCUAGGUGUGUAUGGCACCCCUUGAAGUCCAAAGAAAGCAGGAAUAAAAACCUGUAUAAUUUACCAUCAUGUUUCUGGGCUCAGAAGGACAAUAUCUGCUUUUAUGAAUUUUCCCGCUUCUGGUCACCAGUAAACAGCGGCUUAAUACUCAGCGCCUGCUACUUAUUUUGUAAUUUUCCUAUUUAGAGACUAAAGUUUUUUAAAAAAAUUUUACUGCUACUACUAAUAAUAAUCCAUGUUUUCUUUGAGUACAAAACGCUCAAAAAGGCAGCCAGGCAUGCUCUGCUACUUAACAAUUACAAUUAAGAGCAGAGCUAUACUCCAGGGCUAUUGCUCACAUGAAAAUCUGAACUCCAGAGGACUUUGGGAUGUUUAGAACACCUUGGGGCUGUGCUGCCGGGUGGAGGGUGACUUGGUGGAAUUUUCAGAGACGGGGAAAUAUUAGGGGGAGGGGACUGAGGCAGUCCUGACAGGCCACGUCCAGUCCCUGGCGUUGGCUGCUUUCUUCUUCCUGCUGACAAGCAAAGGAGAGUCUCCUUUAUUUCAGAUUCACAGCCUCCCUCCCAGGUGGAGCCUAAUAUUUUAGGGAUUUCUGUCUCCUGGGACAGGAAUGUGUUAGCGUAUUGGAAGGUGUUUACUUGAGCCGUUUGCGAGAAAGAAAGCAAAAAGAAAGGUGGACGUGUCUUGGGCCAGCAGUUUUGUAAAUAGCUGAGCCAAGUAAUGAAAAACACGCUGUUGGAAGGCACAGAAUUGACACGUGAAUUUAAUCACAGUUUCUAGGAGUUGUUGCUUUGUGUUCUGAAUUGGUACGAGGUCCCUCCCUCCGCCAUUAACAACAGGGGCUGUGGCCUUUUUACUUUCUCUCAGCCCCAAAUAGUCUAAGGGGUAAGAAAUCGCAUCGUCCAUUUGGCCGAAGGAUGAGAUUAAAGUCAAUGUCCAGUGCUCCUCCCGGCUUAAUUUGUAGCACUGGACUUGAGCUGUCGUGGCCUCAUUUUGGUCUCUAGUGCUCUGUUUCGGGGAUAGCCAGGGCAGGGGCCCUGGAGAUGGGAAGAGAGGAAAAGGGAGGGAAGAGAGGAAGGAGAAAGAAAGGGAAGGGAAGGGAAAUGGGGUGGAGGAGGAAUGGCAGGAAGGAAAGGAGGCGGGAAGGAUCCCAGAAGGGCUGAGACAGGGCCCAGGAAUGGCCACCUCAGGGACUGGAGCUCCUUCUAGGGUCGCCCGAGAGCCAGACGGACUCCUCGGGUACCGGUAUUGACUGACGAUUUUUCCCGGGUCCGGGGAGAGAGACUAGGCUUACAGAGGAUGGAGCUGAGAUCCGGGUGGCUGGCUGAGGAAUAAAAUUCACUGAACAGUUUGUGCUAAAGAAGACGUAGGCCAGGGCAAAGGUUGCGCUUUUGACACAGGAAGGUCCCCAAAGCGUUGAGCGUAGCUGGCUGGUCCCUCCUUGGCCUCCCCUUGAGCAGCAAGGGCGAUUUGGGUGCGGCGGCGCGAUGGCCUGGCCGGCUUUACAGUCCAGCAAGGGUCGCCAGCCCAUUUUAGGUGUUUGGACCGUCCGUGGUGCAGCGCCCCAGGGGCGGCGGCCGUUCUGGUUGAGGUGGAGAAAGCCUUGUAUUUGACUUCUCGAGGCCGGCCUUGGGGGGCGGGGAGGGGGGCCUCGCAUCUCUGAGGCCCGCUAGGAUUAUUUACAGGGCGCUCGCCGACCAAACACAACAGUCUAAUUUAACCUUUCCAAGUCCUCGUAAAUUUUUACAGGGAGCCGCGGCGAGGCAAGCGAAUCUGUGGGUCGUUCCUGACUGACUUUCCACCAGCCCGUGCGGCUCCCGAAACAAUAACUCCUUAUGAAAUAUCAUAAAUAUAGAUUUAAAUACAGUAGAGUGAGAAUGCGAUUUGGCUGCUUUUUUAUGGCUUCAAUUAUUGUCUAAUUUUAUGUGAAGGGGCUCUGCCGGCCGCACACGCGCGCGCGCGCGGGACCCGCGCCUUCCUGAUGGUGUGAUUAAUUGUGAUAUAAAAUAGUCCUCUUAAGAAGUGUGUGUGUGUGUGUGUGUGUGUGUGUGCGCGCGCGCGCGGUGUGUGCAUGGGGAAGGGGGGCGAAAGAGAGAGAGAGAGAGAAAGAGAGAGAGAGAGAGAGAGGAGAGAGCAUAGAGGGGCAAAGCCAGAUCUGAUCUUUUAAUCUUCGUUGGGCCACAAUUAAAACAAACCAGAUCGCGGAGCAGGCCCCCCCCCUCCCCCGGUCCCUCUGCAUUAAAAAAAAAAGAAAAGAAAAGAAAGGAAAAAAAGAAAAAAAAAACAUAUGGCUUUUGCUAUAAAAAAUUAUGACUGCAAAACACCGGGGCCAUUAAUAGCGUGCGGAGUGAUUUACGCGUUAUUGUUCUGCCGGGCGGCCACGUGACGCGCGCGGCCAAUGGGGGCGCGGGCGCCGGCAACUUAUUAGGUGACUGUCCUGCCCCCCCGCCCCCCGCCCCCCGCUCUCCCGGUGCCACCAAGUUGUUACAUGAAAUCUGCAGUUUCAUAAUUUCGGCGGGCCGGGCCGGGGCGCGCGGGCCGGGGCGCGGCGCGGCGCGGGCGACGGCCAUGGCCACCACCGGGACGCUGGGCACCUACUACGUGGACUCGUUCCUGCUGGGCGCCGAGGCGGCCGACGAGCUGGGCAGCGGCGGGCGCUACGGCCCGGGCCCCCUGGGCCAGCCCCCGAGGCCGGCGGCGGCGCUGGCCGAGCACCCCGACUUCAGCCCCUGCAGCUUUCAGUCCAAGGCGGCGGCGGCGGCGGCGGUGUUCGGGGCGUCGUGGAACCCGGUGCCCGCGGCCGGGGCCGGCGCGGUGCCCGCCGCCGUCUACCACCACCCCCACCCCCACCCUCCCUACGCGCACCCCCCGGCGCCCGUGGCCGCGGCGGCGCCCCCGGACGCCAGGUACCUGCGCUCCUGGCUGGAGCCCGCGCCCGGCGCGCUCUCCUUCGCGGGCUUGCCCUCCGGCCGGCCUUACGGCGUUAAACCUGAACCGCUGCCGGCCAGAAGGGGUGACUGCCCCGCGCCUGACACCCACACUCCGCCCUUCACUGACUAUCCUUGUGGUUCCCCUCCAGUUGAUAGAGAGAGACCCCCCGGCGAGGGCGCCUUCUCCGGGAGCACCGCCGACAAGGACAGCGGCGGGGACAAGUCCCCCAUCGACCCCAGUAACCCGGCCGCCAACUGGCUGCACGCGCGCUCCACGCGGAAGAAGCGCUGCCCCUACACCAAGCACCAGACGCUGGAGCUGGAGAAGGAGUUCCUCUUCAACAUGUACCUCACGCGGGACCGCAGGUACGAGGUGGCGCGGCUGCUCAACCUCACCGAGAGGCAGGUCAAGAUCUGGUUCCAGAACCGCAGGAUGAAGAUGAAGAAGAUCAACAAGGACCGGGCCAAGGACGACUGAGGGCGGGGAAGAGAGCAAGCCAGAGAGAGGGAGGGAAGGACGGCGGCUCCCCGCUCCCUCCUCGCCCCGGCAGCCCGCAGGCUCGCUCCCAGGCCUGUGGCUCUGACCCAGGAGGUGGUGUGACUUUUCCAUUUUCCGGGAGACACAAACGAGGGAGGGCAUUCGCGCUGACGGCUGUACGUGCUAGCCUGUAUAUAUAUUUAAAAAAAGAAAAGAAAAAAAAAAAAACCUACCUGCUUCCGACUUUAAGCGAAAAGGGGGGGAAAAACUACCUUUUUAUCUCCUGCACAACUGUCCAAGACGGGCUGUAGUUUUCAGUCUCUGCUGUAGCUAAUUUAAGUUGCUCCUUGUGCGGCAGGCCGAUCUGCCGGAAUACUUGAACACUGUGUUUUAUUGUGGUGAUUAUGUUGUUGUUGUUUUUCUUUUAUUUUGUGACCCAAACUUCUGUGCUGGGUGAGGCACCCGUUGUGAUCGUGGACGCUAGAAUUCGAUUUGAACUCAGGUUGUUUGGGGGUUGGGGGGGGCGCAUAGGGUCUAGCUCUGUAGUGGAAUCUACCGUCUUCUGUGUAACUAGACCGUUGAGCUACGGUGGUGAACCAGCUGUGAGGCUUCCCAGAGAGGUCGACCUUGGAAAGAAACGGGGAGGUGGUCCUCCAGGGCGCAGAGGUCCAGGACCGAUCUCCUCUGGAAACGCGGGCUCCGCUGUCCCACGUUCCAGACUCCGUUCCUGUCCGGUGUACAGAGACUCUCCUUAGGAAAGAAAUGCUCGCGAUCGGAUAAGCUUGAAUAUUGUUUUUGCACCAGAGGAGGAGCGAGGAGAUUCGGAGCUAUAGGUCCGGGCAGAGAGCCACUACCUACGGUUUACGCUUACUUUUAAUGGGGGGGGGGGAGGGAAGCGAGUGUUUAUUGUAAUGGAGUUAAUUUUAUUGAUAAUAAAUUAUACACCAUGAAACCGCUUUGGGGCUACUGUAGAUUUGUAUCCUUGAUGAAUUUGGGGUCUCCAUCGGACUGAACGGACACACUGUAUAUUUUGCAAUAGUUACCUCAAGGCCUUCUGACCAAAUUGUUGUGUUGAGAUAUUUAACUUUU